AUGGCCUCGUCCAAGACAGCCGUCCCUGGCAAGUCCUUCAAAACGUCGCUUAUGUACUCGGUCCCAGUACGACGUCUUAAGGAGAUACUAAGCCACGUGGUACCGGAUAUGAAACUAGGAAGUGUCGAAGAAUUACCCUCUACCCAACUACCCAGACUAUAUACUCUCAACAUGUCGAAUGAUAACAAGCUUCUCCUAUCCUUUGCGCCCAGUUUAGCAGUUCGUCUCUUGAGACACGAGACCACGCUUCAGUACUCUGAAGCAACCCUCGUACAUUUCCUCGAGACGUCAAGCCGAAAAUCCAAAGGCGUAAAUACCAAUGGCGUGGAAGACGUAGAACAUAAUUUAGCAUUUAUCAAACUAGAAGACGUGAUACCGAAAAUGCUCAAGCAUUCAUCCAAUAACCGAGAGAUGGCAUUACCAUACACAAUCUUCGAACCGACAGCCGGAAGAACACUUUCUGCACUCUCAGUAUACCUUAGUCUACCCGAUCGGCGUCUCAUCGACAAACAAGUCGGAUCUCUAACUCGAAGCUUAGCUUCCCUCACAUCACCCAACGGCAAAUUUGGUACAGCAGCUAGAGUCCUCCCAGAUUCCUUUAAACAAUCGCCUCCUGCAGCCCCGUUAGGCUCAGGCUCCCCAACUUGGUCAGAAGCUUUCAAUACCCUACUUGAGUCAAUUCUACGCGAUGGAGAAGAUAUGGCUGUCUUACUUCCAUACGAUGUAGUGCGAUCUCACUACCAACGUCUAUCUUGGCGCAUGGACUCUGUCAAACUUCCUAGAUUAGUACUACUAGAUCUAGGCGAGCGGAACGUAAUGAUCGAAAAUGGAAUUAAAGAUGGCAGUUCACACAUCCCGACUGAAAGUCUCAAAUUGACAGGACUACGAAACUGGAGUCAGGGUGUCUUUGGAGAUCCAUUACUCUCAAAUGUUUUCGAAAAUCCUAGUGAAGGAUUUAUGGAAGGUUGGAAAGCAGGUGAUGAAGAUGAUCUCAUCGAGGACACAGGGAAUGCAGAAGUACGAUUGUUGCUCUACCGCUGCUACAGAGCUGUACUGGGAAUAGUGACAGAAUACUACCGACCCCAAAACGACAGCAGUAGACGCGAGUUAGAAAAUCGGAGGAAUUUAACCGCUGCGUUAUCAGAAUUGGAAAAAGCGGAUGUUGCAGUCAAUAAUAUGCUCAAGAGAGCACGAAGCCUGAGUUCGUCUGUAGCCCCGGAGGCGGAGAGUUCCAAGAGGCAGAAAAUUGGUAUCGAGGAUUUGGUCGAUGAAAAUUGA